UCCUUAAAUGUUCCACGCAUUGACAGAAGUAGCAUCAUAAGAAUUUGUGUAUAUAUGACACGAUUAAUCGCAUUUCUGAGCCACAAUAAUACUAUUUUGCACUUAAAUUGUACGUCUUACAGUAAAUAAGUGCAUGCAUGAUUGAUACUAAAAAUUUACCACCACUUCCUUUCGUGAUAUUUGUGGUUAGUUCUCUUUUCCUAGUUUAUUCAAGAUAUUAGUAUGUUAAAGUUGAUUAUGGUAGCAUGGAUGUUUUCUAAUGGAAACUUGUCAGAUUAAAAAAUAGCGAGGUUUGGAACAAUGGAGAUUUAAACAAAGUGAAAGUACUAAAGUACAAAUGGAGAAAGUAGACGCGGUCCCGGGUAACGCCCCGGGAACAAGUGCCAGUUCCAAUGCUUUAGAAAUUACAGUAGCACCACCCUCAACUCCGCACCCAUCCCCAGUUCCACGACCACGAAGAGAACAAAGUGCGAAGGACUCGAGAUGCUGCUUUCACUUUGCAAAAUUUGAAACAUUCAUUUACAUCGUGGGAGUAUUUGGGAUUGUAAUGGGAAUUGCAAAAAUUGUUGUGAUUGCGCUCCAUAUUUCAAAACUUUACGAUCACUACGAAGAUAGUGCGACCUACUACAUGUGUGGAAUUGGCAUAUUUCUGUCCGCCAUAGUUGUGGCUUGGGAAGUCCCCCUGUUAUAUUUCGUUCGUACCAGAAAGCUAGUGGGACUUCAGCAAUAUAUGUUUGCCAUGAUGCUUCAUUUUCUGGGGUCAUGUAUCCUUGCCGUAGUCACUGGCGCUUAUUAUCAAAGGGAUGGCCUUUUUUUGUCAAUGUCCUUCAUCGCCGACAUCAUCAGGGUUCCACCUCAAAUGCUGUUUGUCCACAAAUUUAUCAAAGCAGAAAAAUUGAACGAAGACUCUCACUUUGUCGCGGCGUACUAUAAAAAGUUCUAGGUAGUGCACAUCGCUGUACAAUUGCGUAAAAUAUUGAGUUCGUUAGUUUGGUUUUAUAUUUGAAUUAAAAUAUAUUGAAAAUAUACUAACACAUGCUCGCACGUA